AUGAACCACUGGAACUCAAAGCUAACCACCUCCUGCCAUCAUCAGGGCUCUCCCUUCGACAUCAAUGGCGGUGCCUGCGUCGCCAUGGUGGGCAAGGACUGUGUCGCCAUCGCCUGCGACCUCCGUUUGGGCAUGCAAGCCUUGACCGUCUCCAACAACUUCCCUAAGAUCUUCAACUACGCCCCGUCUACCUACCUCGGCCUGACUGGUCUCGCCACCGAUGUCAAUACCGUCUCUGACCUAUUCCGCUACAAGGUCAACAUGUACCGCCUGCGAGAGGAGCGCAAUAUCUCCCCCAAACCUUGGCCAACCUGCCCCGUCAUCGGCGGUAUCAACCAAACGACCGGCAAACCGUUCAUUUGCGGUUUCGACAGCAUCGGCUGUAUCGAUUUCGCCAAGGACUUCAUCGUGAGCGGUACGGCCAGUGAACAGCUGUUCGGUACCUGUGAGGGUCUGUGGGAGCCUGAUCUGUCUCCCGAGGACCUCUUCGAGACCAUCUCCCAAGCCCUAUUGGCCGCCGUCGACCGAGACGCCCUUUCCGGUUGGGGUGCUCAGGUUUAUAUUAUAGAGAAGGAUAAGGUGACCCAGCGGUUACUGAAGGGACGACAGGAUUAA